AUGUUUUAUGAACCUGAUGAUUUCCCUAAAGAUUAUUUUCUCUUCAAUCAAUCAAAUAAUCCAUUCAGGACAUCUAAAGCAGAAAAUCUAGAAAUUGAUUUCAGAUGUAAUGAAUGCGUUUUGGGUAACGAAGUUAAUAAUAAUUUUACUGGAUUAACUAUUUCUGAUACCAAUUAUACUAUUAUUGAUGGAACGGCUCAAACUUCUGAUCAUUGGAGUUAUGCGAUUGGCGCUAAUACUAAAUGGAUAGAUGAAAACACAAUUCCAGGAGUUGUUUGUCAUAAAAACUCCUUAUAUGUUCCUUCCCAUACACUCGAAUUAUGGAUACGCUUUAUUGAUUUCGGAGUUUUAGAAUUACUUCCAAGAAAAUUUUGA